GCGGUGACGGCGACGUGCGGCCCGCGCCACUGCUGCCCGCCGACGCCGCGGACCCCCGGAGCUCAUGGCCCAGGCGAAGAUCAGCGCCAAGGCCCACGAGGGCCGCUUCUGCCGCUCCUCGUCCAUGGCCGACCGCUCCAGCCGCCUGCUGGAGAGCCUGGACCAGCUGGAGCUCAGGGUUGAAGCUUUGAGAGACGCAGCCACUGCUGUUGAACAAGAGAAAGAAAUCCUUCUGGAGAUGAUCCACAGCAUCCAGAACAGCCAGGACAUGAGGCAGAUUAGUGACGGAGAAAGAGAGGAAUUAAACCUCACUGCAAACCGCCUGAUGGGCCGCACGCUCACCGUUGAGGUCUCAGUGGAGACAAUUCGAAGUCCCCAGCAGGAGGAAUCCUUGAAGCACGCCACGAAGAUUAUAGAUGAGGUGGUCAGUAAGUUCCUGGACGACCUGGGAAAUGCCAAGAGUCACUUAAUGUCACUCUACAGUGCGUGUUCAUCUGAGGUGCCGCCCGGGCCAGUUGACCAAAAAUUUCAGUCGAUAGUAAUCGGUUGCGCUCUGGAAGAUCAGAAGAAAAUUAAGAGGCGACUAGAGACUUUGCUGAGGAACAUUGACAACUCCGACAAGGCCAUUAAACUACUAGAGCACUCUAAAGGAGGCGGUCCCAAGAGUCUGCCAAACAUUGACGGCAAGUUCAAUUAGUCUUCAAACCCACAGGCCCUUACAAACGAUGUAACAGAGAAAAACCACUAUUUUAAAUAACUAGUUCUUUAUGUUAGGCAUAACCACUUAUACCUUAUACUGAUAACUGUUUCCGAUGAGGAAGUAUUCCAGUGUGGAUAAGGUACGCAAAUCACACUUAAACCUAGAAGUAUUUCAGUCGCCUACUCACAGGUUUUGGACAGCUUUGCUGUCUUGAACUGGACUCUAGCCCUGGAUAUUCAACUUCUGAAGAUGCAUACAUGGUCUGUGGGAAAAUAAAUAAGGGGCAAAUGCAUCACACUGCUCUUUCCUUAACCUCAGUACAGAUGCACCCAGCCCCUAGAGCAGUGCACUCACACCACAGUGUGAACAGGGCACCCAGCCUCUGGAGCAGUGCACUCACACCACAGUGUGAACAGGGCACCCAGGCUCUAGAGCAGUGCACUCACCACAGUGUGAACAGGGCACCCAGUCUCUAGAGCAGUGCACUCACACCACAGUGUGAACAGGGCACCCAGCCCCUAGUGCAGUGCACUCACACCACAGUGUGAACAGGGCACCCAGCCUCUGGAGCAGUACACUCUCACCACAGUGUGAACAGGGCACCCAGGCUCUAGAGCAGUGUACUCACACCACAGUGUGAACAGGGCACCCAGCCCCUGGAGCAGUGUACUUAUACCAGUGUGAACAGGGCACCCAGCCUCUAGAGCAGUGUACUCACACCACAGUGUGAACAGAUGCACCCAGCCCCUGGAGCAGUGUACUCACACCACAGUGUGAACAGGGCACCCAGCCCCUGGAGCAGUGCACUCACACCACAGUGUGAACAGGGCACCCAGCCCCUGGAGCAGUGUGCUCACACCAGUGUGAACAGAUGCAUCCAGCCCCUAGAGCAGUGCACUCACACCACAGUGUGAACAGAUGCACCCAGCCCCUGGAGCAGUGUGCUCACACCAGUGUGAACAGAUGCAUCCAGCCCCUAGAGCAGUGCACUCACACCAGUGUGAACAGGGCACCCAGCCCCUGGAGCAGUGCACUCACACCACAGUGUAAACAGGGCACCCAGCCCUUAGUGCAGUGCACUCACCACAGUGUGAACAGGGCACCCAGCCCCUAGUGCAGUGCACUCACACCACAGUGUGAACAGGGCACCCAGUCUCUAGAGCAGUGCACUCACCACAGUGUGAACAGGGCACCCAGUCUUUAGAGCAGUGCACUCACACCACAGUGUGAACAGGGCACCCAGCCCCUGGAGCAGUGCACUCACACCAGUGUGAACAGGGCACCCAGCCCCUGGAGCAGUGCACUCACACCACAGUGUAAACAGGGCACCCAGCCCUUAGUGCAGUGCACUCACCACAGUGUGAACAGGGCACCCAGCCCCUAGUGCAGUGCACUCACACCACAGUGUGAACAGGGCACCCAGUCUCUAGAGCAGUGCACUCACCACAGUGUGAACAGGGCACCCAGUCUUUAGAGCAGUGCACUCACACCACAGUGUGAACAGGGCACCCAGCCCCUGGAGCAGUGCGCUCACACCAGUGUGAACAGAUGCACCCAGCACCCGAAACAGUGUCCUCACACCACACAGUGUGCCUAGAAGGAUAAAAGGAAACACAUCAGAACCUCACCCUGCAUGUUCUCCAUUUUGGGGCCAUCUGUUUUAUGCAUCUCAUAACAUGUAUUUUUAUGUGUGUGUGCGGAAGCAUGACAUAAAAUGUGAGGGGAAGGCCUUCACUGUACCACGGUGAAGGUCUGUAUCCACCAGACUGCUGCAGCCUCUCUCUCAAUGCUGAUGGGUUUCCUCGUGGGCUGCCCUGGAGUCACCACGUGUGCCGUGGGGGCACAAUGUACUGACCCAGUCACUUCUCCGAGAACAUGUGGGUGGUUUCACCUUGUUGCUAUGACUACGACACGCUCACGUCCUUAGAGCUUUGUGCUGUUCUUGGUCUUCUUUGUAUAAAAUUCCAUCAAUGAGUUCAUCGGGCCAAAAGAUAUAUAUGCAUUGUCAUGGCCGAAAACCAGAUUUCUAAAUUUUUAUAAGUUUUUUUCAAUUUGUACUGCCUUCGGUAAUUAAAAGAAUCCAAGUCACCAAA